AUGUAUCUCCGAGCGGUUCACGCAGAGUCCUCAACACAGGCCCUCUUUGAAUUCAUCAAAGCCAAUCCCUUGGGAGUCAUUACCACCGCCAUCCCCUCCCCCACCUACCGUUUUCUUCAGUCCAGCCAUGUCCCGUGGGUGCUGGAUGUCUACGAUGAUCCCGAGGCCCCCGUGAAGGGCCGCCUGCGGGGCCACAUGGCUAAGCAAAACCCGCAGUCGAAAGCUAUGAUUGAAGCCUGUACCAACUCCUCAACGUCGACAUUGCAGCAGGAUGUGAUGAUCCUUUUCACCGGUGCCCAUCACCACUACGUGACGCCCAAAUUCUACACUGAAACUAAGCCGACCACCGCCAAGGUGGUCCCUACGUGGAACUAUGCCGCCGCCCAAGUUUACGGCAAGGCCACUAUCUACUAUGACUCAUCUUCUUCGGAGACCUCCGAAUACCUGUCGCAACAGAUCCACGAUCUCUCGCAGCUCUGCGAAACGUCGGUCAUGGGCUACACCGGCCGCGAAGGAAAGCCUGGGCCCUGGAGCGUGCUUGAUGCGCCUGAGCGUUAUAUUGAUAUUAUGAAGAAAAACAUCAUUGGCAUCGAAGUCUCCAUUGAGACUAUUGAAGGAAAGUUCAAAAUGAGUCAGGAGUUGGGGCAGGGUGAUCGCAAUGGGGUGAUUGAAGGGUUCCAUAAUCUCGGAUCCGAUGUCGGCACCCACAUUGCAGAGAUGGUGAAGGAGCGCGGGGAGAUGAAAGAUGCCGAAAAGAAUAAACAAUGA